AUGCGCGCUGCUCCGCCUGGGGCUGCACCAACAGCUCCUAGGGUGUCUGAGUUUACCUUCGAGCAGCUUCGUGGACUACUGGGUAACGUGCUGGGCAGAGGUGCCAUGGGUACAGUCUACGCUCUCAGGGGCUAUCAGGGCCUCGCCGUGAAGGAGAUCCGGCUCGACAGCCUGAACGAGAAGGCUAUCGACGCCCUCAUGCUUGAACUAGAUGUUCUCCCUGGCCUUCACCACCCAGGGGUUCUCAGAUACCACCAAGUGAUCAAAGGCAACGACCUCGUCUACAUCGUCAUGGAUCGCCACAGCAGGACUCUUAAUGACCUCGUUAUCGAGUGCAAGCAGGGGGACAGACCUAUCUCUGUUACUAUGAUCCUCUCAAGUGUGAGGCAGCUCGUCGCCGCCCUCGCCUACCUCCACAGCGUCAGCGGAGUGGGUGCCGACGGCCACCCCUACCAGGGCCUCGUCCACCGCGACCUCAAGCCUGCCAACGUCCUCAUCAGUAAAAAGGGAAAGCGCUUCAUCAUCGCCGACUUCGGCCUCUGCAAGGACGCCCUGAGAUGCGGGAGCACCUAUGCAGGGACGCCACUAUACAUGGCCCCCGAGACCCUUAUCCGCAACAAGACCAGUCCCGCCUCCGACGUGUGGAGCCUCGGGGUCAUCCUCUACGAGCUUACUACUCUGAGGAGACCGGACUUCUUGGGGGGCAAGGAGCCAGCAGAGGUCUUCAUCGAUGGGUGGAGGCCGGACCUGAGCGGUGUCACUGAUGGCUUCAUAAAGAGUGUUCUGGAGCGGAUAUUCGUGCUGGAGCCAGAGAGGAGGCCGACGGCCAGGGAGCUGUGCGAGAUGCUCAGACAGUAA